GAGCGAGCCGGUGCCAGGGCCCCUCCGGCCCGGAAACAGGACAGGCGGGCGAGGUUGAUGCCCGGCGGCGGGGCGAGCGCGGCGUGUGGCCGUCUUCUUACUGCCGCGGAGCAAAGGGGGGCCCGGGAAGCGGCGGGGUCGGUGUCUAGGGGCGGGCCAGGAGGCUCCGGCUCCGGCGGCGGCAGAGGCGGAGCGGGUGGCCCCGGGCCGGGUUUUGGAGGCCCGGGGGGCCCCGCGUGCAGGAUGAGCCUGACCCCGAAGGAGCUCUCGAGCCUGCUGAGCAUCAUCUCGGAGGAGGCGGGCGGCGGCAGCACCUUCGAGGGCCUGUCCACCGCCUUCCACCACUACUUCAGCAAGGCCGACCACUUCCGCCUGGGCUCGGUGCUCGUCAUGCUGCUGCAGCAGCCGGACCUGCUGCCCAGCGCGGCGCAGCGACUCACGGCGCUCUACCUGCUCUGGGAGAUGUACCGCACCGAGCCGCUCGCCGCCAACCCCUUCGCCGCCAGCUUCGCGCACCUGCUCAACCCCGCGCCGCCCGCCCGCGGCGGCCAGGAGCCCGACCGGCCGCCGCUCUCAGGAUUUUUACCUCCUAUAACUCCACCGGAAAAGUUUUUUCUUUCCCAGCUGAUGCUGGCACCUCCACGGGAACUCUUCAAAAAGACACCGCGGCAGAUUGCCUUGAUGGACGUCGGAAGCAUGGGCCAGUCUGUGGACAUCAGCGGGCUUCAGCUAGCCCUGGCUGAACGCCAGUCUGAAUUGCCAACUCAAAGUAAGGCCAGCUUCCCUAGCAUUCUCAGUGACCCAGACCCGGAUUCUUCUAAUUCUGGAUUUGACAGCUCCGUUGCCUCUCAGAUCACGGAAGCUUUAGUCAGUGGACCAAAGCCACCUAUUGAAAGCCAUUUUCGGCCGGAGCUCAUCCGCCCGCCACCCCCGCUGCACGUGUGUGAGGACGAGCUGGCUUGGCUCAACCCAGCCGAGCCCGACCACGCCAUCCAGUGGGACAAGUCGAUGUGCGUGAAGAACAGCACUGGCGUCGAGAUCAAGCGCACCAUGGCCAAAGCCUUCAGAAGCCCCUUGUCUUCUCCUCAGCAGACACAGCUCCUUGGAGAGUUGGAAAAGGACCCCAAACUUGUUUAUCAUAUUGGCCUCAGUCCAGCCAAGCUUCCUGACCUAGUGGAAAACAACCCUCUAGUCGCUAUAGAAAUGUUGCUGAAGUUAAUGCAGUCAAGCCAGAUCACUGAGUAUUUUUCGGUUCUGGUCAAUAUGGACAUGUCCUUACAUUCAAUGGAAGUUGUAAACCGACUAACUACAGCCGUUGAUCUACCUCCUGAAUUUAUUCACCUUUAUAUAUCGAAUUGCAUUUCUACCUGUGAACAAAUUAAGGAUAAAUAUAUGCAGAAUCGCCUGGUGCGUCUCGUGUGUGUCUUUCUCCAGUCCUUGAUCCGUAACAAAAUCAUCAACGUGCAGGACUUGUUUAUAGAGGUGCAGGCCUUCUGCAUUGAGUUCAGCAGGAUACGAGAAGCUGCAGGCCUCUUCCGGUUGCUGAAGACCUUGGACACUGGGGAGACACCUUCUGAGACCAAGAUGUCCAAGUGAUACCU